UAAUAUUCCAUUGUUUAUUUAAAUAAGAUAACACCACAACCAAAUCUACCCAUUGACAUCCGCCGGAAAAUGGCGGGAAUCUGUUUACCAAAUCCAACCUUGAGGUUCAAGAGAAUUCAUGGCAUUAGAUGCUGUUCAGGCAAUGAAAACAGUAACAGAAUUGAAACAACGAAAAAUAAUAAAACCCCACAAUUUUUAAAAUUAUCAGUCAGUGGAGUUACUGAGCUUUUGAGACUCUUCUCCUUCUCCACCAAAGACAGGGUAAGCUAUGACAAGGAGAGAAAUGAGAAAUCUGUUUCUAGUGUUGAAUCUGUUGAUGAUGUUCUUAUGAUACUUAAGGAUGACUACGAGAAUUCUUAUUUUGUUUCAGGGAUUUUCACUUUUGACAUCUAUGAUGAAGAUUGUAUCUUUGAAGAUCCUACUAUCAGGUUCCAAGGUACUGAAUUAUAUUCUCGUAACUUGAAACUACUCGUUCCUUUCUUUGAAUCUCCAUACAUUGGUUUAGAGAACAUAGAGAAGUUUCAGGAUUUUGUGUUUCAAAGUUUCCAUUUCCGCGCAUCCUUGUCACAGAUUCUCUCUGAAAUGGCUCGCUCUGAAAAUAAGAAAUGACUAAAUACAACCGUUUGUUUUCCCUCUUUAGUUAAGUUACCAUGAUUUGAAUACCCUCAUUGCUUUGGUAUAAAGAAUGUGGGAAGCUUUCAGCCUGCAAAUGAUCAGCUCUUGAGUUAUUCUUAAGAAAGAACUUGUAAGGUGCUAUAGGGCUGAAUCCUGUGGCAGGUCGAACCACCUUUAGUAUCGAACUUUUAAUAUCUACUUUUACUUUUGACAUUAAAUAAAUGCUCUUGACAUUAAAUAAAUGCUUUGAUUAAAUAAAUGCUCUUGACAUUAAAUAAAUGCUUUGAUCUCUUGAAUUAAGGACAAGUUUUCUAAUCUGUAAUGAUGAGAAAUGGACUUAUUUUUGUUUCUAAUCUUCUUAUACUAA